CCGGCUUUGUGCUUGACUAGCAAGCCUAGAUAUGGACACAUAUGAAGUCAGUCAACUGACUUAGUACCUCAUUGAUUGAUCGAGUAGCUGCAUCAUGCCAUCAUCUUUCCUUUGAAUUCUAUGCACGAACCUGCCGAGAUGCUUCCCUCUCCUUAUAGUCUCUUCGUCUUCUUCUUCUACCUCCGUCCAUAACAGCCAAGAUCUUGGCUCUCACUCACUACUCCAUCGGGAGCUAGCUAGCUUAGAAGGUCAGCAAUUCGGAGGCCGCAGAUAAGCUCGAUCGAGCCUUAAUUUGCACCCAUGGGUAACUGCUGCUGCAUCAAGGGCUCCGCCAAGUGCGCCAACGCAUCCACUCCCUUCGAAUCAAAGGUCGUUUCCAAAAGCGGCGGCGGCGGCGGCGCGUCCAACAACAACAACUUCUCGUCAAAGUCCAAGGCGGCGGCGGCGGCGGAGGUUCCUCCGGCGGCGCCGCCGGCGAGCAGCCUGAAGUCGUUCAGCAUGGGCGACCUCCGGGCGGCGACGAAGAACUUCGGUUCGAGCUCGUACCUGGGCGAGGGCGGCUUCGGGUGCGUGUACAAGGGCUGGAUCGACGAGGCCACGUUCGCCCCCACCAAGCCCGGCGCCGCCUCCGGCCGCAUGGUCGCCAUUAAAAAGCUCAAGAAGGAGAGCUUCCAAGGCCACAAGGAAUGGCUGGCGGAGGUGACGUACCUGGGGCAGCUGCACCACGAGAACCUGGUGAAGCUGGUGGGUUACUGCUCAGACUCGGACAGCAACAAGCUGCUGGUGUACGAGUACAUGCUCCGGGGCAGCCUGGAGAACCACCUGUUCCGGCGUGGGACCCACCCGUUGACGUGGGCGUCCCGCAUCGCAGUGGCGGCCGACGUGGCCCGGGGCCUCGCCUUCCUCCACGCGCGCGACGUCAUCUUUCGGGACCUCAAGUCGUCCAACGUGCUCCUCGACGGGGCCCACCGGGCCAAGCUCUCCGACUUUGGGCUCGCACGAGCGGGCCCCACGGCGGGAAGGAGCCACGUGUCGACGCGUGUCGUGGGGACCAGGGGGUACGCGGCGCCCGAGUACGUCGCCACGGGCCACCUGUCAGCCAAGAGCGACGUGUACGGGUUCGGGGUGCUGCUGCUCGAGCUGAUGACGGGGCGGAGGGCGCUCGACGAGUCCCGUGGGCCCGCCGCCGAGCUGCUCGUGGAUUGGGCACGGCCGUUUCUCACGGGCGAGAGGAGGAGGAAGCAGCAGGUGAUGCGGGUCAUGGACACGAGGCUUGGCGGGCAGUACCCAAAGAGGCAGGCCCAAGAGAUGGCGGAGCUCGCGAUGCGGUGUUUGCAAAACGAUCCCAAGAACCGCCCCACCAUGGCCGAUGAUGUCCUGCCUUGCCUCCUCCUCCUACAGCAAGCAAACACCAAGUCAUCAUCGUUGGCGACGACGACAAUGGAAGUACCAUCACCACGACUAGUCUCGUCGACAACGCCGGUGCAUAGACGGCAUCGCAAGAUCUAGAACAUACUCAUUUCAAACAAAGAAUCUCGUUUCAUUCAAAUUGCAUACAUGUCAACAUUUUCUUUUGAUAUUUUCUUUUUUUAGAAAAACGAGCGUUAAUUAAAUUUGUUACUCAUGACACUAGAUUGUAUGGGUUGUCAAAGAACGGCGAAAUCCAUUGGCUAUAGUCUUUAGGGCCAUCAACAAGGCGAACUUGAACGGAUACAAUCCGGCUCGAGUUUGUUGUCUAGCUCGAGUUUAGCUCGUAAGAAGCUCGUGAAGUCUUGAGCUUUUGACAACUUAUGAAACUCAAUGCUAACUCGUACUAAUAAUAGAAUAA